CAACAACCCUAAAGGAUAUUUAUUCUUUUACAGUCUGUUAUCUAUCGUACAAGCUCGAUGAAUCCCUGGAUGUAAUGCAAACAGCUCAGUUUGUUGUAUUUGUCAGAAUGGCUUUCCAGGAUUUUACAACAAAGGAGGGCUCCCUCACUCUUUUGCACUUAAAGGACAGAAUGAGAGGUGCUUUGGUGAAUGGUCUGGUGAAUAUCAACAUCUCCACAAUAGAAAAGCGAUACAGUUUGACUAGUUUCCACACAGGAUUGAUUUCUACUGGCUAUGACAUCUCCUUCUGUGCCUUGGCUCUUUUCAUCUCAUACUACGGACAAAAGGGGCACAAGCCACGGUGGUUAGCCUUUGCAGCUUUCAUGCUUGGAUUGGGAUCUCUUGUAUAUUCACUUCCUCAUUUCAUUAGUGGCUUGUAUCAUUAUGGUUCCAAAAUAACAGAUACUUGUGUUCCUUCAAAUGGUAAUUCCACGACACAAGGCUGCACACCCUCUGUUGCAUAUAAAGACAGCAACUUUCUCUAUCUGUUUUUUCUGGGGCAAUUGUUGCAUGGAGUUGGAGGAACCCCUUUGUACACACUGGGAACGGCAUACCUCGAUGACAGUGUUCCUAAUGACAAAACUUCUCUCUAUAUAGGUAUUGGAAAUAGCAUGUCAACUCUGGGCCCAGCCAUUGGAUUUGUAUUAGGUGGUCAGAUGCUGGACAUCUAUAUUGAUGUCAAUCGUGUUUCCAACAUUGAUUUAACAUCAGAUGACCCUCGAAGGCUUGGUGCUUGGUGGAUUGGAUUUCUUUUGUGCUGGAUACUUUCCUGGAGUCUGAUUAUACCUCUAUCUUGCUUUCCAAAGCAUCUACCAGGCACAGAAAAAAUACAACAUGAUAAGAUUUCACAGGCUCACAUUUAUAAGGGAGCAAGUAUUUUUGCUCAGGGACAGUUUGGAGAAAAUUUGAAGGACCUCUUCAAGGUACUGAAGGGGAUGCUGAAGAAUCCGGUUUUUUUGUGCUUGACUGCAGCAAGCUGUAGUGAAGCUCUGGUGAUCACAGGCUUUGUGACAUUUUUGCCAAAGUUCAUUGAAAAUCAGUUCAGCCAAACUGCUAGCCUAGCUGCUAUUCUUGGAGGAGCAGCACUUAUUCCCGGAGCUGUUAUUGGUCAGCUUGCCAGUGGGAUCAUCAUGUCCAAGCUGAAACUCCUGUGUCGAAGUAUGAUUAAGAUGGCUGUAGCUACAACGGUAUUAUCAGUACUCUUCAGUACCGUAUUCACCUUCGGUUAUUGUUUAAACACUCCAUUUGCUGGCGUCAACCAGAAUUAUCAUUACAACAAUACAAAGAAGUUCCAACUUGAGGCACUCUGUAAUGCUGACUGUCAGUGUAGCCAUUCAUCCUUUAAUCCAGUCUGUGACACAAAGAAUGUCCAGUAUUUUUCUGCAUGCUAUGCUGGUUGUAUUAAUGCAACAAGGAAAGGUGACCUUCACGUUUAUGAGGGGUGUUCUUGUAUCCCGGAUGAUAACCCUGAACUUUCUGCACUAAAAGGAAAGUGUGGUUCUACGUGUAGUCGCAUGCCAUUGUUUUUGGGAGUAUUUUUGUUCUGUGUCAUUUUCACAUUCAUGACCAGCACUUCAAUCACAACGGCUGUUCUCAGGUGUGUUCCAGAUACACAGCGCUCAUUUUCAUUGGGUAUUAAUUGGACGUUUGUACGACUCCUAGGUGGCAUUCCAGGACCAAUUUUUUUUGGGUUAGUAAUUGAUUACUCCUGUAUCCUUUGGAAUAGAGAUGAAUGUAACAAUCAAGGAGCCUGCUGGAUAUAUGACAACCCAAAAAUGUCCUAUUUAAUGUUGGCAAUUGGUGCACCUUGCAAACUGUUCAGCGUUAUUGCCAUCACUGCAGCUUAUUUCCUGUAUAAACCUCCAAGAGCUGCUGAAACCCUGUCUAAUGGGUCCAAUACUGAAAGAAGUACUGAGGACAAGGACCAAAAUAUAACUGUGUUUAAUGAAUGAACUGUGUAUGAGACAACUGUGUGAUAAAGAAUGUACAGUGUAUGAGGACAAAAUAAAUUACUCUGUAUAUUUUAAAAAUAUGACAGCAAUGCAAAUUUCUGCAUUUGAAGAUCUACACAUUUGUAUCUUUACCAAAAACAAUUCUAUUGAUUUGUGAUGUAUAUUGGAUCAAUUAUUUGGAUCUGAUUGAGGACCCAAGUUUUUUAAUGUCUUGUUAUCAGUGCGAUUUAUAUAUAUAUAGUUAAAUGUAAAACCUGCAUGUAACCAAAAGCCUGAAUUUGUCACCGCAAAAUGGAAAAACAUGAAAAAUACUCAAACUACAUGAGUGGUGGCUAAGAACAGAGAAGAUUUUUUGAUGCAUUUUAUGGAAGGGUUGACAUCUGGCCUAUAACUUUUUUUAAAAGUCAUCAUAUUAAAUAUUACUUGAGACCUUGAACAACUUAAAGUUACAGCAUCAUAAAACUUGGAAUUAAUGGAAUGGAUUCUGCUGAUGCCGGAAAUCCGGAGUAAUGCACACAAAAUGCUAGAGGAACUCAGCAGGUCAGCAGCAUUUCUGAAGAGGAAUAAACAGGUGACAUUUCAGUCAGAGACCCUGAUGAAGGCCACAGAUGCUGUCCGAACUCCUGGGUUCAUCGAGCAUUUUCUGUUGGAAUUACAUUGUAUUUUAAUGCUUACAUAGUCUUUUUGUUCCAGAUUUGACUUAACCAUCUCCUACAGCCCGGCUAAAGCAAGGUAGUUAAUUCUUUCCAACAGCCUACAAAGUCAAAGGGGUGGUUGAAGGAGAAUGAAAGGAAAGAUGUCCUAAUCUGUAGCGUUGACAUCUGGUAUGUGUGUUCUUGAGAGAUUUUUGCCAACUCUAUUCCACAUAUAAACUGUCUGCUUGGUAAUGUACUGCAGAAACACCACUGCCUCAUGAAUAGCACGGUAUACAAGCACAAAGCAUUCCUUCUUAAAAAGAUGGAAGAAAGUACUGGGAAAUAAAUAUGAAAAUUGUUGGAUGCUUCUGAAAGUAGAGUAGAAUGGAACCUGAAUGAACAUUGGCAAAGUAUUUGUAAUUUGGUCACUUUAAACAAUAAAUUCACUGGAUUUAUUGCAUAAUUUACAGCUUCUGCCCUCUAAUUUCUUUGCCUUUGCUGAUAAGCAAAUGAAGUCCAGAAUAUCUUUCCAAUACCAUCAAUUGUCCAUAAGGCUGAGGAUGUGAGCUGUGGCUUGAUGGGGAGGAACAGUCAUCCUAUUCUAACGGGAAAAUAGGCAGAAUGAGACAAAAUAAAUGUUGCUUGUGUCGCACACAUCUACAAUUUAUAGUGAAAUUAGAUGUGUUGCUUUUAAUUGCCUAAGCUGCCCGAGUUAGGUGUCCCCAAUGUACUGGGGGAGAGAUUUCUCUUUAGGAGCUAACACUAAACACAUGAGCAUGCCCAGUGUACUCACUUCACACACACUGUUCAUUUACUUCAAUCUAGCUAAAUGUGCAGAGUGAUGGUCUGACAGCCUUUAAUGUGAGCAACCAAAGAUUCAAUUCAUUAUUUAGUAGGUAGGAAUAGAAUGGGGGAAGGUUAAGUCUUUGCUAAAGAGCAAGAAGCAUCCUUUCCCAUUGACUACUGUUAUGCAUUAAUAUCAACAAAAAUCUUUGCAAAACUGUUCCAGUUGAAUUAUAGUUAAUUAUUUUUGUUUUCGUAUCCAAACAUUAAAAAUAGAACACAAGAACAAAUCUGUAAAUAAACAAAUUAAAGAUAUUGAACUAUUCAGAAUUGCUAUCUUGUUGAGUGCUUUGAUAAGGCAGAUGUUUAAAAGUGUUUUGUGAUUCAGUCAUUUUAAACAAUAAAGUAAAUUUACUGGAUUUAUUGAAUAA